AUAGUCUCUGGAAGUGACAAUGGUGCCCCGGGGACCUUUGCCAGUGCUCUUACAAUUUCACCAGAUAUAGCACCAUCGACUACGACAUCCGAUGAAUUUGUUGCCGAGUGGGGCUUUGAUUUGAACGAACUCUAUCGAAUGGCUAGAAGCUUCUUUUGCCAAAAUGAAGGCAAAGCCUUUCACGUGUCGUACGAGGAUAAAUUAAAGUUGAUUGCCUAUACGCAACAGGAACGACACGGGCCGUAUGAUGAGGGCAAAUGUGAGCCUGUUGGGUACCUCGACCUUAUAGGACAGGAUCGACGCGAGGCCUGGUUGGAAUUGGGUCAUAUGAACGCCCAUACGGCAAAGCAGGAGUUUGUCGCAUUACUGCAUGAUCGUUGUCCACUCUUUAGGCCAUUCGUGUGCGCACACAAAGCCAGCAAACAGACAAAGAGGAACGAGCAUGCUCCAGGAGCCGCUGGGGAUACUCGUAGUCCUGACUCGUCGCCAUCCAGCCCAUCGCAUUAUCCGUUACUAGGAACAGUCGACGGGACUGGUCCUAAUGAGACGAUGAUUAAGGCCGUCCUAAAUCAGCAAACUCUCGAGCAGUUUUCAACCUACGCAGCGCAACAGGCACCAAAUGAUGAACGUCAGCAAAAAACGAUUAUUGCUCAACUUCAAGAGGAACAUUUUAAACAGUACAUGAAAACGUUAGCAGAACAGACAGCUGCCCUUUCGUUAAAUAAUGGCCGUCGUGCGCAACCGACAUCGACGGGUCUAAACACCGCGCUUACCUCAGGUCCAGUUCCUUCACCAGUGUUAUCCACGUCAUCGCCAAAUCACCUUCAAUGUGGCUAUUCGAAUUCGGGCGGGGUUUCGCCUCAAUCAAUGAAAACUGUGAUUACACAUUCAACCGAGUUACAGCUGUAUGAAGACUCCCAGCAGAAUAAUCAGCACAGACCUGAGGUACUCAUUUCGAGGCCGCCGCAUGACGCGAGUCAUCACCAGGUUAUGAUGUCGACACCGUCAGAUCGAGGGCAGCCGGAUCAAACCAGCCAAGGAUCCACCCCAGAUCAAGGGGCUUCACUUCUACAUCAGCAUCAAUCACAUGAACACCAGCAUGGACACGUGCAUCAUGGUGGCAGUGGCGAUCAUGCCGAAAGCCAAACCGGAAGUGGUGAUGCAGAGGACUCGGAUGAAGACGAGUCUUCACUAGUCUCUAUUGUCGAUUUAUCUAUGUGGACGAGAGGGGAUAUUGUCGAGUUUAAGGAGUGCAUUCGACAGGAAGGCGGUGAUUCCAUUAUCAAGGUUGGACAUGGUGAGACGGUUACGGUACGUGUGCCCACCCAUGAUGACGGACAUUCGAUCUUCUGGGAGUUUGCCACAGAUCAUUACGAUAUUGGAUUUGGGCUAUUCUUUGAAUGGACGAAGACUCCGGGGAGUGCGGUUUCAGUUCACAUCAGUGAUUCAGAAGACGAGUCUUGCGAAGAAGAAGAAGAGCAUCCCGGCAAUGAUGAUGUUGAAGCAGUCAAGCAAGCAAAGGACCCCGAAGGCCCGCCAACAUCAAUAAUCGUUCCCAUAUACCGUAGGGACAGUCAUCUUGAGGUGUACGUCGGGAAACACCCGUACCCUGGACAGGGAAUCUAUCUGCUUAAGUUUGACAACUCGUACUCGCUUUGGCGUGGUAAAACGCUCUAUUAUCGUGUUUACUAUACAAGAUAGGCGGUUUCAUUUGGAUAUAUAUGGGCAGCCGCAUAUUAUGAACGCGUUGUUUCUUGACUCAAGGAAUGGUCACCAUAAGUUAAAGGGACUGUGACUAAUCAUUGAUCAACGCCGAUAGGUAGUGAGUAGCGACGAACUAUGUCGUUCACUUACCUACUGCUAGGAUUAGGAUAUCUAUGGAGGAACACUUCGCUACUGUUUAGUUCCUUGACCAUGUUGCUUGUCCACAUUGAAAAAACAUCAUGAAUUGAUGAUGUAUACAUCAAAGACGUUCUUCGUGAAGGUGGUUACUGUGCUUAUUGUCAUUGUUUCAUGAGGUUCAUUAAGAUACGCGAAAACGAUAAUGGCCAUUUAGAAAACCGAAAGGAACGCGUAAAAAAAAGUGAAAUAAUGACAUCUUCAACUUAGCACGUACAUGUUUAUCCCUGCUGGUGUCAAACAGAACACCAGUGUUCCUAGAAUGAAAAAGAAAAACUACAUACAUAUAUAUAUAUCGGUGAAUUUAAGAUCUGAUUUGUUUUAUGAACUUGAUGAAACGUUUGAUAACUAAAAAGCUACCGCUAUAAGGUUUCGCUGAUCGAGGUGCAACUAAUGAUAAAAGUAUAUCAUACUGUUAUAGGGAAAUACAUAUAUAUAGUUACCUUAUAGCAGCCUAAUAAGCCGCAGCGCAAUAAUAGUGAUGACGCUGCUGGAGCCAAUAUGACUGCGAUUCUUGGUCGUCUUAUAAAACAUCAUUAUUAUCAACACUAGGACGAGAGAUAGGUUUUCGACGGUUACAAUCUUCAAGAUUACGCGAAUAGAGCAAAAAGAGGUAAAAAAAAAAAGAGGGGGAAUAGAACAUCCCUUUGGAAGAAACCAGACAAUUAAGUGAUGAACUAAUAUCAUGUCGUUGACCGAAAUCGGAACAUAUAUACACAAUAUAUAUGUAAUCUGACUAGGUGUGGGUGUGUCUGUGUGCAUACGUACAAACUAUAUUUAGCCGCCCUCCAGCCAGAAACAGAAGAUAGCUAGUCAUAAUUUCUAUGAAAUCAGCAUACAAGAGUUUCUGCUUGAGGUUUACUGCAGACUACUGCGAAGAAAAUACACACGUAGCAACGCAGUAUUAAUAUGGACAUCAACUAGGGUAAAGUGAAAUGUUGCCAUUUAUGGAUAACACAGCAGUUAUCUUAAAGACACACAUAUAUAUAUAUAUAUAUAUAUAUAUAUAUAUAUAUAUAUAUAUAUAUAUAUACAUAUAUGCACAUAUAUAUAAGGUGAGUAAAUAAAUUAUAGUGCUGGACAGUCACAAUGCCGCGGUACUUUUAAGCUUAGAGAAAGAAUAAGAACGGUGAAUGUGGUGGGCAUUGAGUUUGUGAAUCGAAGUAGCGCGCUUAGAUCAUAGACUAAUAUAUACGAAGCUAGAGGCAUAUUGUGUGUGGUGUUGAAAUAUCUACCUAAAAACUUGGCAGAUGAAAAACAAGGCGGGACGAGAAAUGAGAGUGCACAUAGGAAAACAGCAAGUCUGUAUAGAGAUGCAGAAAAAAGAUGACAAGUGUUUCUGAUUCGUAGCUCGUGGCACUCACGGUAGCAUACCGCACACAGUCGCUGUUUCAUGCAUAGAAGAUAAUUAAGAAAAAAAAAGUCAUCCGACCGAAUA